AUCCACCAGUGGUCUUUUCGAGUCUGGUGUUUCUUUUGGCUAGAUUGCUCUGCAAACACAUUUUUCUCGCUCCGUAGUUUUUCGAUUUCGUACAGUCGAUUGUUGGUUCGCGUGUGAAUUUCUGCAUUAUAGAAUCGUUCCGGAUAGUCGCCGCGUUGCAUACGUGUGACCUUCUAGGGCCAAACGUCGUAGUUCCCCGCGGAUAUCCCGUCGAGUGCCGAGUUUCGUCGCGAUUCGUUUUUCGUGGUCUGUUGCGUGCGGCGUGGAAAAGUGAUUGCGUUGCGUUUCUGUCUGCUCUCCUCCCGGCUCCUGCAAUCCGCACAGCAUCAGGUUUAGCGUAUUAUCCCAUCCAUCCCGGUGUUUUUCGGUGGAUUUGAAUUCCGUGAACGGUACCGGCCUGCGUCCGCCAGUCAGUGUCUUCAAGCUGAGUUCCCUCGGAAGCAAUAAUUGUCGUUGGUGCCGGAGGUGUUCCCAGGUUGCGAGUCGUCCGAGACCGAGUAACAAGCGAUGGGUAAGGCGAAGAAAGGCAAGAAGGAUUCCGCCGCCGUGGCCGCUGCUGGCGAGGAUAACUCCGACGUCGAGGUGAAGCAAACCGAACUGACCGAGACGGAAGUGGAGAAGAACAGCAAGAACGAUAAGAAGAAGAAGGAGAAAAAGUCCAAGAAGAUUGAAAGCGAUGGCGAAGGCGACGAGGACCUAGAAGAGGUCACCGACGCAGUCAAAAAGCUUACCGUUGGUGGGAAACAGGAGAAAAAGAAAGCUCCGAAAAAGUCGACUACCAAGGAAGAUGACGAUGAAGACGGUGCUGAAGAAGAGGAAGAGUUUGACACUAAAAAGUCCAAGGGUAAGAAGAAGGGCAAGGCCGCCGCUGGAGGCCCGGUUGGGUUCUCUCUUUUGAUGGCUGAGGACGAUGAUGAUGAUGAGGAGGAAGUCCAGGAAGCCAUUCGGGACGAUGAUGACGAAGAUGAAGGUCCCAAAAAGGGAAAGACCAAAGCUGGCAAGAAGCAACAGGCCAAAGAUGUAGAAGAAGAGCCCCAGCAAAAAGCCGGCAAAAAAGGAAAGAAGGCCAAGAAGAAGAAGGGCGGCGACAGUGACGACGAGGACAUUGAAAAAAUGCUUGCUGAGCUAGAAAUGGAAUACGCUGGUGUAAAACCUUCUCCUAGUGAAGAGCCUGCCGUCCAAGAGCCCAAGGAAGUUGAGAAGAAAAAAGAUAAAAAAGAUAAGAAAAAGAAGGAGGAAGCUCCUCCUGCUGAAGAUGCGGAACAGGCCGAAGAAAGGGCCGAUGGAGAAGUUCACAUUAAAACGGCGGCUGAAAAGCGCAAGGAGAAGAAGGAACGCCAGAAAAAAGAGGCCCAAGCUGCCAAGCAACAGGAAAAAGAAGCUGAAGCCUCCAAACCUGAGCCGAAGAAGGAGUCAAAGGAGUCCACUCCUGCGCCGGAAAAGGAGGACUCUGCUGCUCCUGCCGCCGGUGAAGGAAAAAAGAAGAAAAAGAAGGGCAAAAAAGAUGAAGGAGCCGAAGUUGUUGUUGAUGAGAAACCAGCUGAAGCACCUGCUAAGCCGGCUGAUGGCGCCAAAGCUGGCGACGCGGCCAAAGAGGGCGAUAAGAAAAAGAAGGGCCCUAAUAAGGCCGCCAUCGCUUUGAUGCAGGAACGUUUGAAAGCCAUCCGCGAAGAGGAAGAACGUCUGAAGCGCGAAGAGGAGGAGAAGCAGCGCUUAGCAGAGGAAGCAGAACGUUAUCAUCAAGAACAACUUCGCUUAGAGCAGGAGAAAAAAGAGCGCAAAAAGCAGAAGGAAAAGGAACGUAAAGAACGAUUGAAGGCAGAAGGAAAACUCCUCACCGCUAAACAAAAGCAAGAUCGUAUGCGAGCUCAGGCUAUGUUAGAAGCAUUGAAGGCACAAGGUGUAGAAAUUCCGGAAGUAGGUACAGAGAAAAAGGUGCGUCCAGGAACUCGUCUUCGUCCCAAAAAGAAGGAUGAUGCCAACAAGGAAGAAGAAAACAAAGAAUCUAGUCCAACAGAGGAAGAACUAAAAGCUGAGGCACUGAAGGCAGAAGAAGCAAAGGAUGAAGUGAAAGACUCUUGGGACGCAUCUGAUAGCGAAGAAGAAUCCGAGGAGAAGGAACCUGAGAAACCUGCUGUGAAAGAGGAAGCGAAAUCUGCUCCAACAGCUAAGCAAGUAAAAAAACAGGAAUCGGUUGAGGAAGAUGACGAAAGCGAGUCUGAAGAUGAAGACUCUGAGGAAGAAUCAGAAACUGAAAGUGAUUCGGAAGAGGACGCUCGUCCGGAGGCUGAAAAGAUGCGCCAACGAGCAAUGGAACGUAUAGCCAAAAGAACGCAGGAAGCUGAAAAAAAGAAAUCUUUGGAUGUCCUUCGAGCAACUGUCGUUUGUGUGCUUGGCCACGUAGAUACCGGUAAAACGAAAAUUUUGGACAAACUUCGUCGUACGAAUGUUCAAGAUGGUGAAGCUGGUGGUAUUACACAACAAAUUGGUGCCACCAACGUUCCGAUCGAGAACAUCAAAGAGCAGACUAAAUUUGUCAAAGGUUAUAACGAUACUACGUUCAAACUUCCCGGUUUGUUAAUCAUAGACACACCUGGUCACGAAUCUUUCAGUAAUCUUCGUAAUCGUGGAUCCUCCCUGUGCGACAUUGCAAUUCUCGUAGUCGAUAUUAUGCAUGGUCUGGAACCGCAAACCAUUGAGUCCAUUAAUCUUUUGAAAGCAAAGCGAACACCUUUUGUUGUAGCGCUUAACAAGAUCGAUCGUCUGUACGAUUGGAAUACUAUGAACCGCAAGGACGUUCGUGACAUUAUCAAGGGUCAAGCUUCCAACACUCAACUGGAGUUCCAGCAGCGCACAAAGGCCGUUAUUGUUCAAUUUGCCGAACAGGGCCUGAAUGCUGCGCUGUAUUAUGAAAAUCCGGAUCCUAAGACUUACAUCUCGUUGAUUCCUACCAGUGCCAUCACCGGAGAAGGCAUGGGUAAUCUCCUCUUCCUGAUUGUACAAUCAUGCCAGAAGCAGCUAGCCAAGCGUUUGAUGUUCAGUGAAGACCUCCAAGCAACGGUGCUCGAAGUUAAGGCAAUCCCUGGUCUCGGAACGACAAUCGAUGCUAUUCUGAUCAACGGAAAGCUUCGGGAAGGUGAAACUAUGAUUCUGGCUGGUACAGAGGGACCUAUCGUGACCCAAAUUAAGGCCCUGUUGAUGCCACAGCCCAUGAAGGAACUUCGUGUGAAGAAUGCGUAUAUCGAGCAUAAGGAAGUGGUGGCGGCUCAAGGUGUGAAGAUUGCCGCCAAGGAGUUAGAAAAAGCAAUUGCUGGUCUGAACCUUCAGAUAGCACAUAAACCGGAUGAAGUGGAAAUUUUCAAGGAUAUCGUGGCUCGGGAUCUGAAAUCGGUGUUGAGCAGCAUCAAGCUGAGCGAACGUGGAGUGUACGUCCAAGCUUCAACGCUGGGCUCUCUGGAAGCGCUGUUGGAAUUCCUGAGGACAUCUAAAAUUCCGUACUCUGGCAUUCGAAUCGGCCCGGUCGUGAAACGUGACGUGAUGAAGGCUUCGACCAUGUUGGAGCACGAGAAUCAAUACGCUACAAUCCUGGCGUUCGACGUCAAGGUGGAACGUGACGCGCAAGAGCUCGCCGACAGCUUGGGGGUGAAAAUAUUCCAAGCGGACAUCAUCUACCAUCUAUUCGACAAAUUCAUGGCCUAUAGGGAGGAGAUCAAGCAACGUAAACGCGAAGAGUUCAAGACGAUUGCGGUGUUCCCGUGCAAACUUAAGAUUCUACCCCAAUUCGUGUUCAAUUCUCGAGAUCCAAUUGUGAUAGGCGUCAUCGUCGAAGCUGGAGUAGUGAAAGAAGGAACGCCAAUUUGUGUGCCAAGUAAAGAGUUUGUUGACCUGGGUGUGGUGACGUCGGUCGAAGCUAAUCACAAGCAGAUUGAAGCCGCCCGCAAGGGACAGGAAGUGUGCAUAAAGAUUGAGCCGAUUCCGGGCGAGACGCCCAAGAUGUUUGGAAGACAUUUCGACGAGAAUGAUAUGCUAGUUAGUAAGAUAUCCCGUCAAAGUAUUGAUGCCUGCAAAGACUACUUCCGAGAUGAUUUGCUGAAAUCGGACUGGGCCCUGAUGGUGGAGCUAAAGAAGACUUUCCAGAUUUUGUAGUUUCGUGGCGCAACCGUUUUAUUCUAUUUCGCGUGCUAUCGGUUCCCGCGAGCUAUUUUACAUCCAUUGGCGGAAUCGAUUCAAAGGCACCAGUAUUUUACUGAAUUAUAGAAUAAGCUGCUCUUGGACCAGGGAGUAAAAAGUCUAGUGAACGUUUUCCAAUUUGUUUAGUGGUAACAAUCAGCUACUGUACUUUGAACCCUGAUUAUUUUACUUAACACAAUUUUACAGCUAGGUAUUUAAAAACCAACUGUUUGACAUAGUUUCUGCAUAUUAUAGUUGUUUUGAAAGUUUUCAACGUUUUGUUUGGUUAGUCGCCGUCGCCACCGUCGACUUAUCGUAGCUUUAGGAAGAAUUUGUGAUUGCUAGCUGUUUUUUUUUGAAUGGACGACAGGGAGUGAUUGUUCAGAUUCUAACACUGAAAGUUAUUGCGCAUAAGAUCUUGUAAUAAAAGAAAUCAACAAAA